AUGCAUGCUCCGGAAGUGAUCAGGAGACAGGUAGCAAAUUUGGUCCAUAGAAUCGGGCUUGCGUCCCCGGCGCGGAUCCUGGGAACAGAGGUUACUCCACGAAGGCACGUGAAGGAGAUAAAGUGGGAACAGCCUCCGCAAGGUUGGGCUGCGCUGAAUUCGGACGGGUCGGUGACGAAUGGGCAAGCUGCGGCGGGAGGUGUUGUCAGGGACGAGCAUGGGCGACUAAUAAGGGCUUAUUCUAUGAAGUUGGGGGAGGUCUCUAUAACGAGAGCGGAGCUGGAAGGCAUUGUGAAGGGCUUAAAGGUUGCUUGGGACGAGGGAAUAAGGUGUUUAAUCGUUCAGACGGACUCACAAACGGCCAUCAAGCUUAUCAGGGAAGCUGAACCGGCAUCCCCACUUUCUCUUGGUGCAGGAAGCUCGUCGUUUGUUGGCGCUUGA